CCGGACAGCCCGAGGCUGCUCCAAUGGGGCGGGGGCCCCCCGCAGGGCUGGGCGGGGCUGUGUUGCCUUCUGGAGUUGCUGCCCGCGGCCACAGUCCAGGCGUGAGCGGCGGGAGAGCGCACACUGCUGGAGGGAGUGCAGCCGCCACCGCGGGAGCACAGGGGCCGGCCCCGCCGCCGCCGGUACUCCUAGCCCUCAGGUGCUCCGGCCACCCUACCAGCUGAGAGACCAGCCAUGUCUCUCAGCGGAGCCUCUGAACGCAGCGUCCCGGCUACCAAGAUUGAGAUUACCGUGUCCUGCCGGAACCUGCUGGACCUCGACACCUUCUCCAAGUCCGACCCCAUGGUGGUGCUUUACACGCAGAGCCGGGCCAGCCAGGAGUGGAGGGAGUUCGGACGGACCGAGGUGAUCGACAACACGCUGAACCCAGACUUCGUGCGCAAAUUCGUCCUUGACUAUUUCUUUGAAGAAAAGCAAAACCUGCGCUUCGAUGUGUACAACGUCGACUCCAAAACCAACAUCUCCAAACCGAAGGAUUUCCUGGGACAAGCGUUCCUGGCCCUGGGAGAGGUGAUUGGAGGCCAGGGUAGCCGCGUAGAGCGACCCCUCACGGGUGUACCAGGAAAGAAGUGUGGGACCAUAUUGCUGACCGCAGAAGAGCUUAGCAAUUGCCGGGACAUUGCUACCAUGCAGCUGUGUGCAAACAAGCUGGACAAGAAGGACUUCUUUGGGAAAUCAGACCCCUUCCUUGUGUUCUACAGGAGCAACGAGGAUGGCACGUUCACCAUCUGCCACAAGACAGAGGUUGUGAAAAACACACUGAACCCUGUGUGGCAGCCCUUCAGCAUCCCUGUGCGGGCACUGUGCAAUGGAGACUAUGACAGAACAGUGAAGAUCGAUGUGUAUGACUGGGACCGGGAUGGAAGCCAUGACUUCAUUGGUGAGUUCACCACCAGCUACCGGGAGCUGAGCAAGGCCCAGAACCAGUUUACAGUAUAUGAGGUACUUAACCCUCGGAAGAAAUGUAAGAAGAAGAAAUAUGUCAACUCGGGAACUGUGACACUGCUCUCUUUCUCUGUGGACUCUGAAUUCACUUUUGUCGAUUACAUCAAAGGAGGGACUCAGCUGAACUUCACAGUAGCCAUUGACUUCACAGCUUCUAAUGGAAAUCCCCUGCAGCCAACCUCCCUGCACUACAUGAGUCCCUACCAGCUCAGCGCCUAUGCCAUGGCUCUCAAGGCAGUGGGAGAAAUCAUCCAGGACUAUGACAGUGACAAGCUCUUCCCAGCCUACGGCUUUGGGGCCAAGCUGCCCCCAGAGGGACGGAUCUCCCAUCAGUUCCCCCUGAACAACAAUGAUGAGGACCCCAACUGUGCGGGCAUUGAGGGUGUGCUGGAGAGCUACUUCCAGAGCCUGCGCACAGUGCAGCUCUACGGGCCCACCUAUUUUGCUCCUGUCAUCAACCAGGUGGCCAGGGCUGCAGCCAAAAUCUCUGAUGGUUCCCAGUACUAUGUCCUGCUCAUCAUCACCGAUGGAGUCAUCUCUGACAUGACACAGACCAAGGAGGCCAUUGUCAGUGCCUCCUCACUGCCCAUGUCUAUCAUUAUUGUUGGUGUGGGACCAGCCAUGUUUGAGGCAAUGGAAGAGUUGGAUGGUGAUGAUGUACGUGUAUCCUCUAGGGGCCGCUAUGCUGAGCGAGACAUCGUUCAGUUCGUCCCAUUCCGAGACUAUGUCGACCGAUCAGGGAACCAUGUGCUGAGCAUGGCCCGACUAGCCAAGGAUGUGCUGGCGGAGAUCCCGGAGCAGCUGCUGUCCUAUAUGCGCACCAGGGACAUCCAGCCUCGCCCCCCACCCCCUCCCAACCCCAGUCCGACCCCAGCCCCAGAGCAGCCCUAAGGAGCCUACUUAUCCAAUGCCUGCAAUCUGCCCAUCUGCCCACCCACUGCUUCUGCUGAAAGCCAGAGGCACCUGGAGCCCUGGAACCCAUUGGAAGGCCAGCUUGGAGGAUCAGUGCUGGCUGGUCAAGUCCUCCACUCCCUCACCCACAGAAGGGCCUUGCACUGUCACCACCUCCCUGCCUUCAUGCCAAUAAUAAAGCUGAUAAUAAUAAUUACUCUA